AUGACCGUGUCUUGUGCCUCCACUGCAGAUAAGCUAUUGUUUCCUUUGAAACUAAUCAGAGUUGCUCUUCUUAUCGUGUUCUUUCUGCUUGGCGCCUUCUCAAUCGUCGCAACUCAGUUUAUUGGAAUCGUCAUCAACUUUUUGUUGACUUUCUUGUUUAGUUUUUUGUCCAACUUUUUGAAGCUUUUCAAUGAAAAUCAAUUGGAUUUCUUGAAAAAUUUAAAGGAAAUUUGGCUAAGUUUUACUAAAAAAUUGUUUAUAAUUUUAUUGGUCUCAAUCAUGGAUGCAAUUUCGCCAACUAACAUCAAAAUAACUUAUAAAUAUGAUUCAUCUCUACUACCUAAAGACACAUUUUUCACUACCAACGAUACCAAUGAUUUAAUCUCAAAUAUAAACCCGUUUUCCAUCUUCAUCGCGAAUCAUCAAAUUUAUACAGAUUGGGUUUAUCUUUGGUUCAUCUUAUAUUCAGGCAAUCUAUCAAACUUUAUCUAUAUAAUGUUAAAGGACUCCCUUUCAAAACUACUUAUAUUUGGUUGGGGAAUGAAAAACUAUAACUUUAUUUUUCUUUCAAGAAAAUGGAAAACCGAUAAACACACUUUACUAAACUCCUUUAAUUUACUAAAUUUUAAAUCUGACAAAAAAAAUGGUAACUUCCCUUAUUCGCUUGUGUUAUUUCCAGAGGGAACUAAUUACUCGGAUAACCGAAAAGUUGUAUCAAAUAACUACUGUCAAAAGAAUAACCAUCCCAAUAUGAAUAACGUCUUAUACCCAAGGAUAACAGGCUUAAGAUUUACUUUGAGGAAUUUAUACAAGACUUCAAAUUAUUUAUACGACUUCACUAUUGCUUAUUCUGACAUUAAAAAAAAUCAAUUUCCCGAAAAGAUCUACACUUUAUCAAACACUUAUAUUCAUGGAAAUGGCCCUAAGCAAGUCAAUCUAUUCUUAAAGAUUCACGAAAUCAACAGAAUCCCAGGCUUAAAUCUUAAUACUCCGUUUGAAUCUCCAGAAGAUGAAUUGAAACAUUCAAAGAUUUUCGAAGAAUGGCUAGUCAAAAUUUGGGAUGAAAAAGAUCAAUUACUAGAAAAUUUUUAUGAAAAUAGCUCCUAUAUCUUGAAUGAAAAAAUCUCAGACUUAAAUAAUACUGAUCAAUUAAAGGAAUUGAAUUUCGCUGAAAAGAAUAAUUACAAAGUUUCUUUAUUGUCCCAAUAA